AUGGAGCCGUCCUGCACCGUAGGCAUAAAUGCGAACCCUCCACAAGCAGGAAGCGAAAAGCCGGAUGGCGAAGGUUGGUUACCGCGACUUACAUUAUACCUUCCAUACAUGAGCUUGGAAUCGUGCAAAAGAUACCGCAAACUCCAAAAGCAAUACCGAAAUAAUGACAAAGACAACUCAUACCGGAUAUUUUAUCCAGAUGGGACGACGCAACAACACACUCAUACGAUAGCCGAUUACGUUACCUCAACGGAUGUCCAUCCGAGGAGAAGUCUUGAUCAAUUUUACUAUCCAUCGCUUGUCGAUACAUCUACGCGGGACGCCGAUCAGACAAUCUCAAAAUGGACCGGUAAUAACCUAGGAAACGAUGGAAGGGAAACCGCUGCGUAUGACCGUGCCUUGCUCAUGGCAGAUCAGCUCUGGUGCUGGGCAAUCGACGACAGUAAGUUGCAAACAGCGUGGGAAGACAGCAUGUGUACUACGGGAUUGACGUUUGCCCUAGGAACCAUUGUCUCCUGCUUUCCUUACAAGAACGGUUCUGGAAGCUCACCUAAUUACCUUGGCCUUUACGGAAGUGUGAGGAAGAACGCAGUACAUUGCAAGACGGUCUGGGACUUGCAGGCACUAAUAGUCCGAGAAGCCGUAGGUCAUCUCCUGGAACAGAACAACAAGAACGUCGUAGACCUCAUAGAAACAUACAAAUGGGUUUCAAGAGCAAAGAUAACGCAAGGGUCGCCCAUGAAGAUUCCGUGGUGGUUAACGAAGCACACCAAGGAGGCAGCUUUAGAUGAUAGUCAAGAAUUCAAAAUUGCGCUCGAUGUGUCUGACAUCAUUGACGAGUUGAAGAUGAUAAGACACCUUGUUCAGACACAGAGGGAUGUUCUAGCGCAAUUCAUUGAGGCUCUGACCCGGCUAUACCAUUCGGAGAGUGAAAUACGGAAAGAUAACCACGGCGAUAUGCCGACUACAGUGUUUCAACACAUCGAAGUACUCGAUCAGGGUCAGAUGUUCGUCAACGUGCAAAAAAAAGCAAGUGUGCAUCACAGUAGUGAGAACACGAAGCUCUUGGCGAAAAGCAUUUCUGGCCUCGCCGCGGGUUACGUGGUAACCGCAGACGAGACACUUUUGAAGCUUCUUGUGGAGUUGGACAGUAUCAGAGACGAAGCGAAAUCUACUUAUCAAGUGGUAAUCUGGGUGAUUGUUUAUGUAACGACAGACGACUAA